CGUCGUGACAUCACAGUAUCGCAAGAUGAGACUUCUAGAAUUGCUGGCCGGCAGCAGCAGCCGAGGAACUGGAUAUUAACGGAGUUGCGGGACAUUUGAACAGCAAUUUGGGACUGCCGACUGCGUUGAGGAAAUCGCACGGAAAUCGGUGGAGAGUUUGGGCGCUAUGCGGCGAUGCAGCGGAAAAGAUAAGCCACGCUGGUCACGUGAUGUUUUGGUUGCACAGUGACAGAAGCACGGUCUGUGUGUGACAUCAGGCCUCUACUCUACAUGGAUCCGUGGCUUUUGUAGUAAAUAUCCCGUGGCCCACGGGACCAGAAAAUGGCCUUUCUGGACAAUCCCUUAAUUAUCCUGGCCCACAUUCGCCAGUCCCAUGUUACAAGCGAUGACACCGGCAUGUGUGAGAUGGUUCUCAUUGACCAUGACGUGGACUUGGAAAAACUUUACCAGUCGUCGGUACCUGGAGAGAAUUCCACACAAAUGCAGAGCAAUGGAGGGGAGACGCAAGGCUAUGUGUAUUCUCAGUCAGUAGAUAUCACUUCCAGCUGGGAUUUUGGAAUACGACGGCGAUCCAACACAGCCCAGAAACUAGAACGUCUUCGGAAAGAGAGACAGAACCAGAUAAAGUGCAAAAAUGUGCAAUGGAAGGACCGCAACAGGAGCCACUCAGCUGAGGAGCUCAGCUCAAUGUUUGAAAGGAAGAACUUCAAAGAAAGGACUCUGAACCAUGGCAAACAGUCCAUUCUGUCUGUUCGACUAGAACAGUGCCCCCUACAACUAAAUAACCCCUUCAACGAAUAUUCCAAAUUCGAUGGCAAGGGCCAUGUGGGUACUACAGCCACCAAGAAAAUAGAUGUAUACCUCUCCAUGCAAACUAGCCAAGAUAAACUGCUGCCCAUGACUGUAGUUACCAUCGCCAAUGCUAAAGUUCAUGAAUUAAUUGGACUGAUUUGCUGGCAGUAUACGACUGAGGGCCGCGAACCCAAACUCAAUGAUAACGUGGAUGCAUUCUGUUUGCACAUAGCUGAGGACGAUGGUGAGGUAGACACAGAUUUCCCACCUCUGGAUUCCAAUGAACCCAUACACAAGUUUGGUUUCAGCACACUGGCUUUGGUUGAGAAAUAUUCAUCCCCUGGGCUGGCAGCCAAGCAGUCCCUCUUUGUAAGAAUAAAUGCAGCACAUGGAUUUUCCCUGAUUCAAGUCGACAGCACAAAUGUAACCAUGCAGGAGAUCCUAGAAAAAGCUCUUAAACGGAGGAAGGGCUCACAAAGGAAUUCAGGUCCCCAAUAUUGCCUGGAGAAGCAAAGCCAGCUCAAUGUACCUGUGGAUUUGGACAGUACUUUGGAAAGUCAGAAUUCCCUGGAGUUCUGCCUAGUGCGAGAGAACAGUUCUAGAGGAGAGGAGCCUCCAGAGGAUACCCAAAUUGACAUUGCAACAGUGCAGGACAUGCUUAGCAGCCACCAGUACAAGUCUUUCAAAGUCAGCAUGAUCCACCGAUUGCGCUUCACCACUGAUGUCCAGCUUGGCAUCUCUGGUGAGAAAGUGGAGAUUGAUCCGGUGACCAAUCAGAAGACCAGCACCAAGUUUUGGAUUAAACAGAAGCCAAUCUCCAUUGAUUCAGAUCUGCUGUGUGCAUGUGAUCUGGCAGAGGAGAAAAGUCCCAGCCAUGCAAUGUUCAAAGUGACCUACAUGAGCAACCAUGACUACAAACAUCUGUACUUUGAAUCAGAUGCAGCCACUGUGAAUGAGAUUGUAUUAAAGGUAAAUUAUAUUCUGGAGUCGCGGGCCAGCACUGCCCGAGCUGAUUACUUUGCCCAGAAACAAAGAAAACUGACCAGAAGAACCAGCUUCAGCUUCCAGAAAGAAAAGAAGCCAGGGUAGGAGAGAAGAGAGAGAGAAUCCACCAAGAUUGUGACCCUGCAACUGCCGGAUCUGCUGGUAACUAGGCCUUGUGCUGUGCAUUGUGGGUCCUUCCUUGAUGGACACUGACAAAAGACACAGGAGCCCAAUUUUGGGGAAUCCCACAAACUUUUUAACCUUUAACAUUUUAAGCCCCUCUACCCUCAAAUUCUCAUCCCCAAGUUUUUACUGCAGCUUCAGAAUGCACAAGGCCCAGGUAGUGUCAACCUUUUACCUCACAGAAUGGAUGGGCUUGCUGGAAUGAAUUCCCCUCCUUUCUCUUUUUAGUCAGGGAUGUGAAAACGGCAGCCAUCGUGUGAAGAAACUAUGGUUCACAAAAGCUUUGUAGGGGUUUCUGUUUGACAUCCCAAAUGUAAGUCAUAACCGAUCAGUACAGAGUAUUAGUGAAAUGACAUUGUAAAGAGAAGAGAUUUCUACAAUAAAAAAGUAAGAACA